AUGGAAGAGCAAAGUAACCAAGAGAACCCUGUGCAACUAACAUCCUGUGACGCUGGGGGAACAACCAAUGAUGUCUCUCAUUCAGCUGAGGGUCAUCUCAUUUCAAACCCAAAAUUUGUCAUUGCAGCAUCAUCUGGAAGAAAUGGGAGCCACUGGACUUGCUUUCCUAAACCAUCUCAUAACUAUGUUGAGUAUCUUUCAGAAUCCUCAACUUAUCUGCCAAACACUUCCACUGAUUACAUGAUGGGGGGUAGUUAUCUACCUGUCGGCAACAUCAAUGAUGGUAACGUGGUUAAUGGAUCGGACAGAAACUUCUUUUAUAAUGAUCCAGGAAAAGUCUGUGCCUUUAAGCCUAUUGGUUCUUCAAGUAAUGACCUUGACAUUAGGAAGCAGCUGGGGUUUUGGAGAGCUGAUGAAGGAGAGGAAAAUCAUGCUUCAUGGACAGCAGAUUCUCUUGGAGAUAAGCAUAAUGCUUCACAUGAUCCAAUGGUAAUGGUUGGUGCACCUGCUUUACUUCCCAAACCGGGAACCAGCUCCUCAAAAGAGAAAGCACGUAUCACUGACCGUCAACGAAGGCAACGUAUCGCUGAUAACCUCAAAGCCUUACACGAAUUGCUUCCAAAUCCAGCAGAGUGUGAUAUUGUAAUCACCUACUCAAAUAGAAUGACCAGAAAUUGGGACAUGAUAGCAAUGGCUACAGAUGGGCCCUUAGCACAGUAG